AUUAACAUUUACUUUGAUAUUUAGGAGAUGCCUGAAGUGCAGUUCAAUCAAUUAAGCACGGAUGAUGAAGACAGUGCAGUGUGUUAUGACAGAGGGAUUUUACUACAAACUAUCACACAAGCACAAGUCCAGCACACAGUCCCUUUAGACGUUACUGUUUGUCAUGGUUCUGGAAUUAUUAGUGCUCCUAAUAAUGACCCUGAAGCUUCAAGAGCUAAUCCAAAUGAAGAAACAGAGGAUACAAAAUGCCGCAGUUCAGUUUUGUCCAGUGACUUUGACCAAACAAGAUUGUUUGGUGGAGACACAGGCACUGAUCUUGACAUUACGUGCUCACAGCAAGAAGUAUUUUUUCGCGAUUAUCCUGCACAGCUAUUGUCAUCUGAGAGCUUGGAGCAAAGUGGUAAAAUGGACAGCAAGUCUUUCCUUAUGUCACUUGGGUCAAAGCCUUCAUCAACUCAAACACAUGAAGUGAUACAACACACCAAGGAUUAUAUGACACCCACUACCAUUAGCAAUGCUUAUUGCAAGAGGCAGCCUUUAGGCGAUAUCACAGAUGUCCAGAGUGCCAUGAAAACAAGUCAAGGAGGUGGAGACCAACAGUCAAAUGUUGAUGAAAAUGUGGAAUCAACAGCCUGUCAUAGUUACAAAGGUCUUGAAAACUCUGUAUCAAAAACAAUGCGAAGAAGCAUCUAUGAGCCUUUGGGCAUAGAUGUCACAUCUUGUUAUGGCCCAGGAGCUGAUCAAACUGAGGUAAAUAAUACAGAUAACACUGAAUCCCUGGACCUAACAGCUUGUCAAGCACAGGAAGAACACGAUUCUGAUGAGAAUCUGGAACUAACAGCCUGCCAUAGCUACGAAGUUCUUGAUAGCAGUAUACCAAAAACACACCAGAAGAGCAUUUGUGAACCCGCCGAGCUUGACGUCACAUCUUGUUAUGGUCCAGGGGUAAUCAAGGGCUGUUCACUUUCACUGUCUACCCAUCAGAAUGAUCAGAGUUUGUCCUGCAACAGUUCAAGGAAAAUGGAUUCUUCAGUGUUCUUGCAGUCUCUUGGUUCAAAGCAACACUCCAAUGCUACAGACAAUGACGAAUAUGAUGACGAAAUGGACCUUACAAUAUCUGGAAACAUUGGGACACUAACAGAAGGUAAAACAGAACAAAAGACAGCUGUGGAGCCGAAGUCAGCGACUUUUUUGUGCGCUAAAACAAGCGAAGUUGUGACAGAUCUGUCAAAUUCCACUGGCUUUCGAAAUGCUUAUCUCAUAAAGAAUCCCUUUAAAAAGACCACAGACCAGCAGGAACAAACAUCAAAGUUUCAUGAAAACUUAGAGCUAACGGUCUGUCAUAGCCAGCCGGUUCUGGACAGCGAUUCACAGAGAACUAAACGGAGGAGUUUGUAUGAGGCAGCUGAUCUAGAGGUCACAUCUUGUUAUGGUCCAGGCCUGAUAAAGUCGCCAGAAAAAGAAGAAACAAGUAAUAACUUGUUCAAAUCAGCCUUGAACCUCUCGAGAAGUUUGCGAGCGGCAAGCAACGCUAACAAGUUAAAUGGCAAUGCUGUAUUUAACAAAGCGCAAGAUUUGCCUGGUUGGAAUAAAACCCAACAGCAGGAAUCAGAUUUUAAUGACAAUUUAGACCUAACAACCUGUCAUAGUCGGCCAUUCAUGGGAAACAACUCACUGAAAACAGACCGGAGAAGCCUUUUUGGGCCUGCGGACAUAGACGUCACUUCCUGCCAUGGGUUGGGGCUGGUGGAGUCAUCGGGUAACAAUUUGGAGUUGACAGUCCGUGGCCAACCAGGUCUAGACAAUGGUUUACAACAAGCAAGCCGAAGAAGCCUUUGUUAUGAACCUGCUGAUAUUGAUGUCACGUCUUGCCAUGGUGUGGGGCUGGUCGAGUCAUCGGGGAACAGUGUGGAGUUGACAGUCCGUGGCCAGCCAAGUCUGGAUGACAGCUUACAGAAAGCAAACCGAAGAAGCUUUUAUGAACCUGCUGACAUUGAUGUCACAUCUUGUCAUGGCCUAGGACUUGUCAAGUCGUUUGUUGAAACUUCAGAGUCAACAGUCCCUCUUAGCCAGCACGCUAUUGAUAAUAACGCACAAAAAAUAAACCGUCGAAGCGUCUAUGAACCUGCUGACUUAGAUGUCACAUCUUGCCAAGGUACAGGACUGGUUAAAUCAUCUGGUGAAAGUUUAGAACUAACGCGCUGUCAUAGGGAACAAGUUCUUGACAACAGUACACAGAAAGUAAACCGACAAAGUCUUUAUGAACCUGCCGACUUAGAUGUUACAUCUUGUCAUGGUUCAGGGCUGGUCAAAGCAAAUCGUGAAAGUCUACAGCUAACAACAUAUACCAGUGAGCAAGUUCUUGACAACAACACAGAGAAUGGAACUCGACAAAGCGUCUACGAGCAUGCUGAUUUAGAUGUCACAUCUUGUCCUGGUCCAGGGCUGGUUAAAUCGAAUCGUGAAAGUCUACAGCUAACAACAUAUACCAGUGAGCAAGUUUUUGACAACAACAUAGAGAAUGGAACUCGACAAAGCGUCUACGAGCAUGCUGACUUAGAUGUUACAUCUUGUCGUGGUUCAGGGCUGGUCAAAGCAAAUCGUGAAAGUCUACAGCUAACAACAUAUACCAGUGAGAAAGUUUUUGACAACAACACAGAGAAUGGAACUCGACAAAGCGUCUACGAGCAUGCUGACUUAGAUGUCACUUCUUGUCAUGGUCCAGGGCUGGUUAAAUCGAAUCGUGAAAGUCUACAACUAACAACAUGUAUUAGAGAGCACGUUCCUGACGACAACACAGAGAAUGCAACCCGACGAAGCUUCUACGAGCGUGCUGACUUAGAUGUCACAUCUUGUCAUGGUCCAGGACUGCGCAAGUCAGAUCGUGAAAGUCUACAGCUAACAACAUGUACCAGAGAGCAAGUUCCUGACGACAAAACGGAGAAUGGAACUCGACGAAGCUUCUACCAGCAUGCUGACCUACGUAUCACGUCUGGCAGUGAGUCAGACCUGGAUAAGACACCAAAUGAACCAGUAAUAACUGGUAACGCUGGCAAAACACGCUUAAACCUUACAGAAAGGACAGAAGCCAGUUUUCACAGAGUCAGUGCAAACGCAUCAUUAGACAAGGUAAAAGAUUUCCAUUAUACCGAAGAGGUACUUCAGACUGCAAGAGCCCCAACCGACUCAAAUACAAGUUUUGAGUAUACAGAUUACAGCGCGGACAACGAUGAGACAUCUGCCCCUGCUGUAGGGUUGAACCAAUCAAUAGGUGACCAAAUAACUAGUGAUGUUGACAGACAGUUGUCAAUUAUUUGCGAAGAAUCUGUCAGUGAACUAAGUAAGAAAGAGUUGAGGGAAGACGGGAAUGUGACCGAGCUGGAGGAGAUGCAGAACACCACACAGAGUCCUAUCACCUUAAAGAAGUUCCUUGAUAUCACAGAACUUGCCUUUAUUACUGAGGUCAACAUGCGCCGGAGUAUUGCGCCUUCCAAUGUGGUUGAAACUCCUCAGACUCCAAAAGACAUGAUAAUCUCCACUCUUGUGUCAAAACCCAAGGCUGCUUGUUACGAGGAGGCAAUUCCGGCGUUAGAGUCUGAAAUCACAGUCAUGAAAGAGAAAGUUGAGCAGCAAGAGAUGGAGUUGAAUGCGUCGAAUCCCAGGGUAUUUAUGGAAGCACAAUCUGCAAGUACAGAGGAGCUGUUAGCCAUGCAAGGCAAAGUUCGUCGCCUUCGUUCAGUGUGCGAGAAAACAAGCAAACGAGAGUGGAAAGAAGGAAAAGGACAACUCAAUAAAAGAAUACUUUUGAAAAUGACGGAAAACCAUCAAGUUCUUGCUAGUGAUGUGCAUGUUGUAGAAGAAUCCCUGGUGAUGGUUGAUGAUUGUCACAAUUUGCUGGACAAAAUGGACAACGACCUAGAUGAAGGAAUUAAAGGUUUUCAACUGUCUCUGGAAGAAAAUGAGAAGAAACUUCAAGAGCAAGCAAUUACGGCCGCGGAAUUGGAGAACAUGACAGAAACCUUGAGAAAGAGCGAACAAGAACUUGCCGACCUGGAGUGUGCAAGGUCAACUGUACAAAGUGAGAAACAGGAACUGUCGAACAGAAAGGAACAGCUUGAUGUGGCGAUACUAGAGAAUGAGGAAGCUAUUUGCUUACUUAAAAAGAAGGACCCAAGAUCAGGGAAGACAGCGACUAAAGAAAUGUCGCAAAAGUUGGAUAUCCUUGAAAGUUUGCAGGAAUGGUCCCUGGAGGAGUGGAAUGAAGAGCGAGCUAGAUUUACGUUCUUGAAAAGUACAUUGGAAAUGGUGGUGUUGUUUGGCUCGGACAUCGCUAAUUCCAAAGACUCGUUUCCAAACCAGGAAGUAAAAAGUAUCCAGUUGAAUUUCACACCAACAGAACAAUUCAGGGGGAAAAUGGGAAAAGUUCACACACUUGUUAAACAAGCAGUCAAUCAAGACCUCCUUUCUCAGAUGUGCUCCUCAAAAAGAGACUUAACCAAGGUUUUGGAGCACAUGUCAGGGACAAUUUUCAAGUCAAACGAAAUUGGAGAAGAGUUCUUCAGAAUUGGCCUGACGCAUCUGAUGUCAUUCAAAGAAAACAGAUUUGUAGUGGAAUUCUCGAGUCUCAGGGCGUUCGUGAAGUUUGUGCUACACAUACAGCUUGAGCUUCAAUCAUACCCAGACAGUGUGACAUUUACGGUCUCGCCCAUGAUAGGACGUCUCAGCCAAACAGAAAUCGAAGAAGCCUUGAACGCUGUCGCGGCUGGCCCACGGUAUUUGAGCAGAUUGGUGGAGGCCGCUGACCAGCUAUUAAGCAAGACCAAAUCCAUUUAAACAUGUCGUCAUGGAACUGUCGUUUCUUGUUUAGAACGAAUGUUGUAAAUACAUUUAUCUGUUAACUUUUUUUACACUCAUCCACUACUAAUUUAUUACUUAUGCUAUAUUUCCCAAGAAGUUAUAAUUAUACUUCUCUAGGUUUAUUUUGGGUCGGUCUUUGAUGAAGUAAGUUGAAUAUGAACAUUGUUUUAAGCACGUACCCAGUGUUGUGGUUACUUUAACACUGCAACAUGCUUAUAUCUCACUGAACUAAUGUGGAGAGAUGUACGGAAGAUUUUCAUUUCUGCAUUUGAAACAAUAUUUGGGUGAACUCGUACAAGCACUGUAAGAGAAGAUUACAAGCUUAAAUAACUUGACAGUGUUUAAGGCCAAUU